GUUCCUUCUUGUACAUAUAUUAUGACGUGCCUCUCUUCCAACAGCCAACGACGUACGAACAGCACGUGGAAGCCCCGGUUGUUUACUUCUGAUCUUGUUGAAGCCUUUGCUGCUGUACGUACUAUCUACCUCUAUGCACUCAACACUUCUUACUUGCUGCCUGUCGAGCUUCCGCAUCAUCACAGCAGUAGUAUGACUACAUAAUAUAUAUACGAAUACAUAUGUAGACUAUACAUACUACGCUGUUGUAGGUGCGCGAGAGCGCCCGCACAUUGCGGGAGAAGGGACGAUACCCCUACAUGGUGACGAAGGCAAGCCCGAACUGCCUCAAAAUCGCCUCCCCCACACCCCCCCGCUGCCUACGAACUUCACCAGAGAGCAUUCAGCAACCAAUGAGGUCGUGUAUCCGACAGAUCGACAAAAUCUCGACUGUAAGCCAAAAAUUCGACCGGGGGGGGGCGGGGGGGGGGUGGCAUAGGUGCGGGGGAUUGCAAUCCACGUGCCCUCCUGCUGGUUCUGACCUGUGCUGUGCUUGUUAACAAUGACACACACUCCCAUUUUGUGCGCGGCACACACCCUCACCCAUACCUUCGGACAGUACAACAAGCGAUUUCUUUGCCCCCAGUGAGGAAGAGGUGCCUAUGCUGAAGCGUGGAGGUGUUGAAGGUUUACGAAAGCCUUCUUCACUCACCGCAAUCCACAUCAAGGAUGUUGUCAAGGCGUUGGCGAGACGCUUGCAAAAAGCAAUCAAACUCACGGAGCAGUAUGGGCUGAUGUCCUCCGCCUACAGCCUGUCCCAGAUCGUCGGGGGCUUGGUUCUGGGAGCGCUGAGCGAUCGUGCUCUGUCCCGCCGCAGCGUGCUCCUCAUUUCCUUCCUGGGCAGCGCCUUGAGCUACGGCACGAUUGGCCUGUCCAGCUCGUUGACCAUGCUCCUGGUGGGGAGGGUGGUGGUCGGCCUGGUGAAGCAGGUGGACGCUUGGGUGCGGCUCCUUCUUAACACCCGAAAUUAUCGCCUCACUUGUCAUCAUCUUCCCGUGAUUCGUCUCGCCUGUGCCCUGAUUCCCACGCAGACACAGACAAUAUCAACCGCGAUUGUCAGCGAGCACACUGCUAAGGAGGAACGUUCGGCAGAACUAUCCAAGCUGACGGCCGCCAUGACCUUCUCUUCCAUCGUGGGGACGGCCUGCGGUUCGUUCCUCUAUCAAAGAAGCAAGACGCUCCCCCCGCUGGUCGCUUGUGCCCUCUUCCUGCUGAACGCCGCCUUGGCUCUCAUCCUUUUGCCGUCCGGCAACGGGAGGGAGGUUGGUAGCUGGACCGAUGCCGCUGCUGGUGCGAAAAAGAAAGACGACGACAUCGUGAAUGGUAGCGACAACAAGGACGACACGUUGACAACAGCAACGCCCGCAUUAGAUGGCGGUGCUGGGAAGAGCGCGGGGAGGGGGAUGGAUUCAAGCUCCUCCUCCUCCGCCACCAGGCGGUUCUUAGCCAACUUCAAGAAGGCGUGUAGCAGCGGUCCCACCCUGCGCAUCCUGGCGGCGAAGUUGAUAUUUGACUUCUUCUUUAGAGCCUUGGGCUCCCAGAAUUUUGUGGGGUACUAUGAGGAAAGGUUUGGGGUCGCGAGCGCGAGUCGAGGCUACAUGUCUUCUUAUACGGCGGGCCUGAGUUUCCUCGUGCAGCUUUACGUGGUGGGCCGUCUGGCUUCUUUGGGCUCGGAAACCCAUCUGGUGGCCAUGUCGCUGGCCGUUGUGGCGUUCAUGAACUUCGCCGAGGGUGCUCCGUCGAUCAUCGGGUUCUGGGGUUACCUCGCCCUCCUCAUCCCGGCGAGGACGGUAGCGCACGGCACCCUCCAGGCGUGCCUGCAGUCGAUGUUCACGCAGCGGGUGCCCCAGGGAGACCUCGGGGCCGCGCUCGGCGUCCUGAACGUGCUGUCGUCGGCGAGCGGGGUGGUGGCGCCCGCCUACGGGGGCAAGCUGAUCGGCUACCUCGGGAUCUUGGCGCGGCCGACGGUGAACGCCGCGCAUUACGCCGCGUUCUUCGUGCUGUGGUGGGUAAUGGAGGUCGCGAGAGGGGGCGCGCCGGCGGAGGGGGAGGGAGGGUCGAGGAAGCCCGAGAGCGUUGCGGACGGCCCUGUGGGGGAAGCGGCGGUAGAUGCUGGCGAUGGUGACUCUCGAAGCAAUAAAAUCGAUUAA